AUGCAACCCUCUCCACUCUGUCUACCCGUGAACACACCCGCGUACCUCCCCGGCCGCUUCCACGCGCACGUCCGACCCUCCUCGCCGCCCAUCGGCUCCUCCUCGCGCACCGGCAGCGUCCCCCUGUGCUCCUCCUCCUCGCCCGGCGCCCUCCCGUCCUCGCCCACGACCUCGACGGCCGCCGACGCGCAUGCCCGCCAGCGCUCGCGCACCCGGCCGCUCGGGAGGGCGCUCCUCGCGCUGUCGGGCACCAAGAAGCGCGAGCUGCGGGAGCGCGAGGAGGAGGAGGAGCGCGCCGCGCUGCUCGGAGCGUGGAUCGGCGGCGGUGGGGGAAAGAGCGCGGCGAGCGGCGGCGGCGGGGCGGCGCUGCAGGCGGCUCUGGGCUUGCCGGCGGUCAACGAGGGGCCCGAGGCGGAGGACGAGGACGAGAGGGGGUUCCUGCGCCCGGGGAGGAAGCGGGUCGAGCGGUGGAUGGGGACGUGGUGGAGGCGGUGGGCCGUCCUCGUCGGUGCGCCGUGCCUCUUGAUCUGGCUCUGGUGCAGCGUGCCGUUCCCGGUUCAAGAUCCGUACGACGAGCAGCCGCCGUGGCACAUCCCGUGGCCGCCGCCGCCAGCCGACCCGCCGAGCUCGCGCUUCGAGAGCCUCCUCGUUCGCCUCCCGUGGCUGCAUCCGCCGGUCGCAUCUUCGUCCGCUCUCGAGCUGCCGCCGCAUCUGGUCGUCGACGAGCCGCUUGUCGUGCAGCUCGUCCCUCGGCGACGUCAAGACGAGGGCGUCGAGCUUGCUUCGCCGGUCUUUCUACCAGCUCGGCGCGGCGAGGAGGUCGGCGCGCCAGACCCAGAGCCUGUGCUACCUGUCGACGCCAACUUCUACUUCUUCCUCGUGUGCUACUACGGCUUCUACGUCGCCAUCGCGCUCGUCUUUGUCACCAAGCUGUUCGACCUCUAUCGCCUCAACUGGUGGCCCUCGAGCCUCGGCGGCGGCGCGUCCUACACCGUCUUCUGGGCCCUGUCGCUCACGGCCGGCUUCGCCCUGCACCACUUCGACCUCGACGGCUUUGGCGACCGCACGCGCUCGAGGAGGAAGCACAAGGGCCCGGGCGAGCAGGUGUGGGACUGGCAGCGCAAGACGAUCUGGGUCCUGCUCGCGUUCGCCACCAUGGCGCUCCCGGCCCUCGCGUGCUUCGCCAAGCUGCGCGCCGACCGACGCAACAGCUAUCGGCGCAGCCUCACACCGGCGCAGAAGACGUUCCUCGAGCGCCAACUCGCGCAACGCAUGCCCCGGUCGUACCGCCGCUUCCUGUGGUUCCUCGGCGUCCAGGCCCUCGCGCUCGUCGCCCUCAUCAUCGGCCAGGGCUUUGCCGCCGUCUACCUGUCGACCUUGCCGCACAACAACCUCGAGGGCCUCUUCUACGUGUGGUCGUGGGUCGUCACCGUCAACCUCCUCAACGCCGUCAGCUCGUGGAUCCUCCUGCGCAAGGUCCGCUCGCAGGCGCUCCUCUUCGUCUUUCGGUUCUACUUCUUCCUCGUGUACCACGUCUUCUACCGCAACCUGUUUGCGCGCCUGCGCUCGCCCGACCAGGCGGCCUACAUCACGCUCCUCUCGUCGUCGGUCGUCGUCGUGUGGUACCCGCUCUCGAUGAGCAGGACCGUGUGGCGCCUCUUGAGGUGGUCGACCGGGCUCGAGCAGGACUGGGCAGAGUAUGCGGCGUCAAAGGGCGAGGAGCUGUACUUGCGCAACUUGAGCGAGUCGGUCACGAUGAUCGCCUUCCUCGGCUGGCUCUCGAUCCUCCACUGGGGCCCAAACCGCGCCAUCUACCCCUUCUUCGCCUUCGACAACCGGUUCGACCCCUACACGUACCGCCUCACCUUGACGGCGUCGCUCGUCAUCUACGCCGCCGAGCUCGUGUCGAGCUGGCUCGCGAGGAUCGUCUGCUGGCUCGCGUACGGCGUCGACGUGACCAAUCUCGGCCUCAACCAGUUUCGUCGCGCAGCCCGAACUCGUCGUCGCCUGCGUCUUCACCUCGUGUCACGUCCUCUCGGACAUGCUCCUAUUCCUCGUCAAGCUCAACUUUCGUUGAGGGCCCUCGCCGCCUCAGCCUGUUGCUGUAGCUCUCCCCUCGCCGACCGCUCUUCGUACUGCAACGCGUGUGUCUAUGAAGCCC